AUGCAGGCUGACAUUAUCAAUCAGAGAUUGUAUGGUUUGGGUGUGCUGUCACCUAUAUGCAUCUCCUUCGACUCAGUGUCGAUUGGCGACAGCCUCUACGCAAGGAACGAAACAUUCCAAGUUAUCGUUGUCACAGUGCUUGACCUUUCCCCAGGAGUUCCUUUGUUGGCCACACAUUUUUUGCAAUGCCCGAGUGUGGGGCUAUCCCAUGAUGGAGACAACCAGGCUGCAUGCGUUCUUAAAGCACUGGAAGACCAUGCUGGACAAUUCAACAAAAGAUCCUUGCGGAGGAGAGUUCUGACAUUGAUUGCUGGAGAUGGUGCAGUAGCCCGCGGAGGGCAGUCCAUGCGUCACGUGAGCACAGAGGCCUGCAACAAACUUGCCAAGUUGAUUUACCCAGAUGUUGAGCAAGAACUGGUUGAAUGGGAGCGCUUUCAUCGGAGCGAAGCAGCAUUUCGAAAAACUUUGCAAGAAUCCAAGUUCGCACAGGAAAUAUUUGCAGUCGGCAAGGCAAUGGCUCAGCAGUUCGGCAUUGGGUCAGGCAGAGUUUUGCUGCGGAGCAUUGGUGAACUCACUGAGGAGCAUCCCAAUGAGCGAUCAUCACCAGCUGCAGAUAUGGGCGGGACCCGCAAGGGGGAAGCCAUUACGCGAAUAGCCGACAACAUCCUGAAGAAUUACCGCAAGUACACUGUUGGCCUGCAUGCAAAGGUGGCCCGGAAGCGGGAGGGGCAUGGCAAGAGGAGAAUCAAGAAGAAAAUAUUCGUGCCAGACUGGGUGGCCUUUUCCAAGAUUCCGAAGAGUCGACUGCAGAGUGAUUGCAAUCUCACAUCAUUGCUUGAUUGCGCUCUUCGCUAUGAUAUUUUCGAAAAACCAACGAUUCCAAGUCAUCUUCAGGGUGCUCCCAUGUUUCGCAUUCAUCAAAUUCAAUGCCAAACCAGCCGAAUCAUCCCUGACGUCUAUGGCCACAUGCAAAUGGCGUGUUCUGCACUGGCCGAAUUUCUGGCUUUGCUCAAAUCAAACUAUGAUGAGUACUGGGGCAAGGUCGGAAUUCCAAAGCAUAUUCAAUCCUUAUACCUGGACUUGGCAUGUGCUUUGAACAUUCCGUAUCUUUUGAAACAUGCACCUUUGGACGAGCAGAAGGCUGCGUUUUGCCGUUUGGCCGAUAUUUUUGGCCAGCGGAUGGGUGACUUCGCCUGGCCCGACAGGGAUGAGUUUGGCUAUGUGGAGCGUGUGUGGCCGCAGGCCAAAGAGAUGAAGCGGCAGUUUGCUGUUCUUUCGCUGAUUUUGCGCCUCAACAGUCACCGACAGGAUUGGUACAAAGUUUCUAGCUACCUUCUCUCCAUUUCCAUGAAGCUGGAUCCCUUCUUCUCCAUGAUUUUGGGACGUUGCUUAGGACCAUUUCCCCGUGCAAAAUGGAAUGAACUGUUUGCCAUCAAGCAGAGAAUUUGGAGGUAUCUGGAGCCCUCAAGAACUGGGGCCAUGUUUGAGGGCAGCACAGAUUCACUGGGCAAGCUCGGCCAAAAAUCUCGUUUCAAGCAAGUUGUGAAGUUCAAGAAAGAUUCGGCUGCAGUCUUCACCAAAAAUCCAUUCAAAGAUCGCAUUGUGAUGGUUGAGCAGGUGUUGCAGGAGCCAGAUUGUGAGGCCAUCAUCAAAGAUCUUUUGGCAGACAGAGCCUUGCACAGGUUCACUUCCGAACAGAGCGGGCGAACAACACACUGCUGGCAUGCAUGCUUUCUAUUGUGUAUGUGUUGCACCUGCAAUGGUGCCAGCUCUGAAUGCGAGAGAAUCGGCUCCGUGCUUCAUAGCCUUGAAACUGGAGACUCUGCUAUUUAUGCUACAAGGGUUGCCAACCGACUUCGCUUGAGAGUGGCAGGCUUUGAGGGGAUUUCCACACGUGAUGAAUGGAUGGUUCAAGAGAUCACUCGGAGCCUUCUUGAUACAAGAACACCUUUUGUCAAGUCAAGCCAGCAGAGGAAAAGGAAAAGACAAAAUGAAAAUCCGGUUGGUAACCCAAGGCUUACUGCACGGGUGGCAGCUUCGGAGGCAAAGAGUUCAAAGAGUUCGAUCCCUGCACCAGCAGUCAAAGAUUCCGAGGAUGGCAACUUCGCUUCUGUGCAGCUUCGCAUGAUGAUGAAGGAUGUUGGAUCAAGCAUUCAUUCUCAGCGAGCAAUGCAUGCACCUGUUGGGUUGGAUCCUGCCUCUCAAAAAGCGCUACAACAUGUUUUGCGGCCAAAUGAGAACUUCUCUAGAGUUGUGUCUUUGCCAGCCUAUGUCCACAGAGGUCCUGGUGCAACGAAGUUGUUGCCAAAUUCAACUGUUAGAGAACGAAUGUCAGCUUGGCUUGAGUCCACAGAGGGACUUGCCUGGAACCAGCAGCGGCAAGAGUUGUGGAAGACAUGUAUGUCCACCGACUCAUGA